CGCAGCUGGUGGUGGUGGUCAUUUUCGUCAACAGAUCACCUUUUCCCACGCAACCAUGGAGUCAGUUCAGCAAUCCAUCCAGUCCCUUAUUCUGGAUCCUCUUCAGCCUUAUCUCCAGCCCAUCACGACGUCUCUUCCCGAUCCAGUUAGCAACGCCCUCAUCUCCCUCCUCGGCGACAAAUGUUAUACCUCCCUAAUCCUCGCCGUUGACAUCACAAAAGACCCGGCCUGUCUCCCACUUGCGAUCUCCAAAGCCUUAGGUCUUGCGAUCGUUGCAUUCAGCGCAAUCGUCAAAGUUCCUCAGAUCCUUAAACUGCUCUCGUCACGAUCGUCUGCAGGCGUUUCUUUCACUUCGUACGCACUCGAAACCACCAGUUUGCUCAUCACCCUUGCGUAUAAUGCACGCCAAAAAUUUCCAUUUAGCACCUAUGGCGAAGCAGCGUUGAUUGCAGUACAAGAUGUUGUGGUUGGGGUUUUGGUCUUGGUUUUCUCCGGGCAGGCUGCAAGCGCUGGCGCCUUUUUAGCAGCCGUAGGCGGAGUCAUCUAUGCGCUUUUGUUUAGCGGAGAGACUAUUGUGGAUAAUAGCAUGAUGGGAUAUUUGCAAGCCGGCGCCGGUGUCCUGGGUGUGGCCAGCAAAGUACCUCAGAUUUGGACCGUGUGGUCUCAAGGUGGUACAGGUCAAUUGAGCGCCUUUGCGGUGUUCAAUUACCUCCUUGGGUCCCUCUCGCGCAUCUUUACAACUCUGCAGGAGGUCGAUGAUAAGCUCAUUCUCUAUGGCUUCAUCGCAGGAUUUUCUCUCAAUCUCAUCCUCGCUAUGCAAAUGGUUUACUACUGGAAAUCUCCCACCGUCGCUUCGGAGAAACAGUCGGAGAAGGCUCGUCCAGUACAACGAAUGGAAGAGGUGAAAAUCCCCGUUGCAAAGAGCACUGGCAUCUCUCCCAGUCCCUCUGGAAAAGGCCCAAGUACAAGGCGACGGGGAUGA